AUGCGUCAAGUGAUCCGAUGUGAUCUAAGUGAAGAUACCACACAAGGCUACUUCGAAACGGUUGUUUUUGAGGAAAAAGUCCGAGAAGGCGCCAUAUUUGGGCGAAAUGUAUUCGUUGGAUAUGACUAUUCCCGAAAGCCGGAGCUACAAGUGGUUGCCUUGAAUACGGAUACGGGUUCGGCUGAGCUGUCACUUGCUUUGCAUUGGACGGAGUAUGGAGAUCUGAAAGCAUAUCUGUAUGCACCAUUUUGGCUAUUCAACAAUACCUCUAUGACGUUGAAGCACAUGGAGGCUGAAUACGCUGUCAAGCACCUACCAGAUGAAAAUCCUCUGAUGCUGCCAUUUCCUAGUACAGAUUUCAGCAAGAAGAAGAAGGCCUCAUCACUCACAUCAGCUCCAUCUCCAUAUGAAAGUCAUGUCCGUCCGGCACUAACGCAAGCUAUCAAAGAGCUCAUUGGUCCUAGGGCUGAAAGAGCUCUGAAAAUACUCAUGAUCGUCGCGGAAACACUUGUACGCAAGGAUUUUACCCUUGAUCCCAAUGAAAAUAACAUGAAAAAGGCGGCCUAUCACAUGGUGAUUCUCACCAACUCAAUGUAUCGAUAA